UCCCUGAACAAAAACGUAAGUUUGUCCGAAGCCACAGAGGUGCUGUCCAGUAUUUCGAAUGUGACUUCUACAGAGCUACUGACGACCGCAGAAAUUUCAACGCUUACAUAUUCUGUGGACAGGGUUGCGGACCUUCUCAACAGCAAUGGGUUGAAUAAUCUGGAAAUUGCUAAGACAUUAGUUGAAAUUACAAGCAAAAUCGUAGAUGUGAAAAACGAAGACGCGUGGAAAUCGUCAGAACAAUCGAAUAAUACAACUGGAGAAAAACUUUUGUUAUUCAUCGACAAAAUUGGCGACGUUCUUCGUAAGAGCAUACAAGAUGUAGAUAUGAACAACGCUAGUAUUGUUGAAGAGAAUUUAGCUGUUGGGGUUCACAAAGCAACAACGGGAAUCUUAGUAUUUCCAAAUCUACAAAUUCUGCACGACAGUCUCGAAAAGCAUCAAUGGAUUCUGGAAUCAAAGAGUGGUAUUUUAUUAGACACCAGCACAUUAGGUGAUGCGGAUGUAACGAUAGUGAUCUUCAAAGAAAUUACCUCCAUAUUACCUUCUAGAAGUAACAGCUCUUACGCAUCCAAGUCCACGCUUAACGGCCCUAUCAUUUCUGUUUCGAUUUCCAACAAUUCGUCAGAAUUGGCCUCCCCAAUCAUCCUGACGUUUGAACAUGGGAAGACAAACAUGACAAAUGCUGUAUGUAGCUUCUGGAGGUUUACAAGCACUGACCAGCUGGGUUCCUGGGCAAGCAAUGGAUGUAAGGUUCGAUCUUCCAAUGAAACGAUAACUGUCUGUGAGUGUAACCACCUCACCCAUUUUGCUGUCCUCAUGAGUCCAUUUGUUGAGGAAGAAGCAAAUUCCGCUGCCUUACGUCUUUUGUCAAUUGUUGCAAUGUCGGUAUCAGCAUUUUGCCUACUACUGAUGAUCAUAGUUUUCGCAAAGCUUUGGAGAUACGUUCGCAGCGACAAGUCGGUUAUCACGCUUCAUCUCAGUGCUGCGCUUAUUGCUUCCUACGUUAUCUUCAUUGCAGGAGUGGACCAGACAGAAAAUAAGAUUGUCUGUACGGCAGUUGCAGCUUCGUUACACUACAUCUAUUUGGUCGUGUUUUGCCUUAUGCUCGCAGAGGGCAUUAGAAUGGCGAAGGACGUCGUUCUAGUGUUUGAUCGAAAGUCCAGACUCCUACAGAUUUUAGUGUCUGCAUGGAGUGUUCCUGCCAUUAUAGUGGGAACAACGCUUGCAAUAACAAAAACAAAUGGAUACGGCAAUGAAAAUUACUGCUGGUUGACCCUUUUACCUGGACUUAGAUGGGCUUUCGUUGGCCCAGCAUUGUUUAUUAUACUGUGCAACAUCAUUGUUUUGAUACUGUUAUUUAAGAGAAUGUUUGCACUUAAAGCUGUGAAUAACAAGACGAUCAAAGAAAAGAUCAAGAUGACACUCUGGUCCCUGUCUGUGCUGGUGCCUCUGAUGGGGAUCUCCUGGAUAUUCGGCAUAUUGUACGUCAGCAAGGAGUUGUCAUUCAUGCAAUACCUGUUCUCAAUCUGCAAUGGACUUCAGGGUGUGCUCAUCUUCGUAUUUAACUGCGUUUUAAACGGACAGGUCAGAGACGGACUCAAGAAGGAAAGAAUCAAGUAUUUAAACAAAUCGAUGACGACUUCUUUUUCACAGGGAAGUUUGUUUAUAGCAAAGCGAGCAGGAGUUAAGCCUUCAAUAUCUUCAAAUGACCAAGCUCGUGUGCAAAUCACAGCCCCUACCAUCUCCACUGAGCACGACAUGUGUUUACAGAGUUUUCCUGAAGAAUCAGCACAAAAACAGAAAGACGGUGAUCCAGUUAAAACUGAGACGGAAUUGUCACUUCAUCAUAUGCAGCAAUUUCAAGACGAGCUUAAGAAGACAAUUGAGUUAUUCUGCAAUAAAUGUGGGGAUGAUCUUAAUGAAUUACCAGCUGUAAAUGGUAAUCCGAACGGUAACGCGUCUGGUGAUGGAACAGGCUUGAUUAUCCAUCAACCAAACACAUCGAUACAUCGACAUCAAAAAUAAAUAUAAAUUAUAUAAUUUGAUGUACCGGUACAUGCUUUUGCCGGAGUACAUAAUUAUAAGCAGCAAUGACAUAGGUAUGAAAACAAUACAUGCAUCGACAUAUUUAAUGUCUAUUACUUAUUACAUUAUCAAAGAAAACGGAGAUGAAUAAGCUUUUAACAUAAAGAUGUUGCGCAGAUAGAUCCUAUAAAGGCUUGCCAAAUUGUCAAACCCAUAUCGAACCCAUAUGGACUCCAUAUGCGUUGGCCAUUAUUGAACCCAAAAUUAUUUUUUUUAAGUUUUUAAGAUUGAUGACUGAUUGAUUGAUAAUAUGUAUUGUUAUCUUAAAGAAAAAAUACUUAAUAUCAUCUCAUAAAGCAUACAUUUACGGUAUUCAAAAUGACUUCAAAUGCGACAAAGAGGCAGAUGUAUUAAGUUAUAUUUAUCGACGGUUAAUUGAAUUUGUGUAAAUGCGUUAUUAAUUAUCGUUGAUGUCGUUGAUGUUGUAGACUUUUCAAUUGCUGCUGUUACAUUUGUGUUCAUUUAAAAUUUGGUGUUAGUAUAUCUUAACCCUAAUUAUGUUUGCUUUAUUAAAUGUAUGUACUUAUUGAUUCCAUCCAAAUGUUUAUUAUAUAUAAAUGACGUCAAAUUGUGAAAAGGAUAAAGUUGAAAAGCCUUUAAAACAAAUAAAUUAGUAUGCAUGUAAGAAUAUAUUAAUUCCACUACAAAGUAUCUGAAAACUACUGAAUAUACACAAUACAAUUUCAGCUUGCUGCUACAAAAUAUCACUUAUAUCUCUUUAUACACUGUGUGUGUCUUUUUUAUAAAUGCCUACACAUCACCAAUGUUAUUUAGUCGUUAAAGGCAACAAGAACACGGAUAAUUUUGAAUAAAAUACGUAAUAGCGUUUCGAUUGCCAAUCAUUUCGAUGUGAGGCUGUGAGCAAAUUCAUUUUUAUUCCUACAAGUUUUUGCACAUACAUUUUCAAUUGUGUGAUUGUGAACAUAUUAAAUGACAAUCAGUUGAUUUUAAACAUAACAAUUUUCAAUCAUUUGAGUGUUAACAUAUAGGUUCCACUCAUAUGAAAAUUAUUUUCUACGCAUUCCUUUAAAAACGAUGCACGCCUUGUUCAUAAGUAACCAUAAGGUACGCUAUAGUAAUUAAGAAUAAGGAGGGCAUUGGCCGGACUCUCUUUACAACAUGUACGUCCAAACCUAACAGUAAAAAAGUGUUGUUGGUUCAUAAGAGAAAUUGUAUGUUCAGUGCAAAUUUAAAGCCAUACUCGUACAUUUAUGAAACAAAUAAUUAUGGGUGGAACUAAUUACCUUUCGAGGGUUAAAACUAAUAAGGUGCAUACACUUAUUGGCACUGAUAUUGAUACAAGAUAAGUAUAUUAUGGCUCGCAAUCCUCGUCAUUACAAAGAAGUUGAUUGUAAUAAAGUAACACUAAAACAUCAUUAUUGGCCAACUUUAUACCGUUCCGUUUUAUAUAUUUUAAUCGUGUGGUCAAAUUAAACGUUCGCCUUAAACUUGAAUCACUAAAUCUUCAAUUUGAAAAAAUGUUUGAUGCUUUCGUUUAUAUAAUAUUUUGAGAAAAUGUGAAUUUUCAACCCAACCAUAUUGAACAUAUAUGUUGUUGUUGAAUAUGAACAAAUUGCUAAUUAUUCUAUUAUUUGUAUUUUUUGUUAUGUACUUUUGUUCUAUGUAUCAUAGUGCUUUGAACGUCUAUAGUUACAUGUAUAUACAUGUAUGCAUUCGUCUUAAGUUAUGUAAUGUAUUACUGUAUAAGUUAGAGUGUAUAAUAUUAGAUAUAUUUAUCAUGAUUCAGUCUAGUUGUAUGAUGACCACGUAAUUUUUAAGUCGGAUAUCAAUUAACGUGGAAUAAAUCUUUCUGCUUUUAUGUAAGAAGCUUUAAACAUGCGCUAUAUUUUCAUUCAGGAGAGUGUUUGAAAGUUGUAUGAAAGACUAUACUAUUAUAACAAUAUUCCGUUGCAUAUAAACAAAAAAAAUACAGAGAAAAACGGACUUAUAAAAAGGAAAUGAAGUGAAGGUCUUCGGAAUGAGAUUACAACAAUUGUACUACAGAGACAUUAUUUCAAAUAUAAACAUUUACACCUUGAUUCAAACAUAUGUGUGCAUAAUUUUGUUCACCUACCUGUUUGUUUUUUUUGGAUUGUUAGACUUGUUAGUUCCUGUUAAAAUCGAAUAUCCCCCAAAAAGAGCGUAUACUGACACAAACAGUUUGGUUUGGGUAUGUAUAAAAUUGUAAAACCUCUUUUGAAUAGGAAGAAUAUUUAGACGUACUUCUUAGACGUCUGCGUUUAUUUUUUGCAAGCUUAAGAGUCUCUGCAUAUUCGAUGAGAAUCCAACUUGUCAAAUAUGCUAAGAAGUGCAUUUCUAUUGACUGUAAUGUUAUAUAAUGUAUGCUGUUAUUCGCAUUUAUGUGACAGAAUAUAAUGUAUAUUUGAGCAUGAAGACGAUGUACUGUUUUAUAAGUCUGAAUAAAAUGUC